GAGAGGAUGGCCGGGGCCGGCAGCCAGCACCACCCCCCGGGCGCCGCGGGAGGUGCGACCACCGGGGCCAGUCCCGCUGUCAGCCCCGCGGCCGCCGCGGCGGGGCCCGAGGACUCGUCCGACAGCGAGGCGGAGCAGGAGGGACCCCAGAAACUGAUCCGCAAAGUGUCCACCUCCGGGCAGCUCCGGACCAAGACCAGUAUUAAAGAGGGACAACUCCUGAAACAAACCAGCUCUUUCCAGAGGUGGAAAAAGAGAUACUUUAAACUUCGAGGCCGCACACUUUAUUAUGCAAAGGACUCAAAGUCCCUGAUAUUUGAUGAAGUUGACCUCUCAGAUGCCAGUGUCGCUGAAGCAAGCACAAAAAAUGCCAACAACAGCUUCACGAUAAUCACUCCUUUCAGAAGACUGAUGCUAUGUGCUGAGAACAGAAAAGAGAUGGAGGAUUGGAUCAGUGCUCUGAAGUCAGUCCAGACCAGAGAACCUUACGAGGUGGCCCAGUUUAAUGUGGAGCAUUUCUCAGGGAUGCAUAACUGGUACGCCUGCUCCCAUGCCCGCCCCACCUUCUGUAAUGUAUGCAGAGAAAGUCUUUCUGGAGUUACAUCCCACGGCCUCUCCUGUGAAGUGUGUAAAUUUAAGGCUCACAAAAGAUGCGCAGUGAGGGCCACAAACAACUGCAAGUGGACCACCCUGGCCUCCAUCGGGAAGGACAUCAUAGAGGACGAGGACGGAGUCGCCAUGCCUCACCAAUGGCUCGAAGGCAACUUGCCUGUGAGUGCCAAGUGUGCGGUUUGUGAUAAAACGUGUGGCAGUGUUCUCCGUCUACAAGAUUGGAAAUGCCUUUGGUGUAAAACAAUGGUACACACUGCCUGCAAAGAUUUAUAUCAUCCUGUAUGUCCACUUGGCCAGUGUAAAGUAUCCAUUAUACCUCCAAUUGCACUAAAUAGCACUGAUUCUGAUGGCUUCUGUAGAGCAACAUUUUCAUUCUGUGUUAGUCCUCUGUUGGUGUUUGUCAAUUCUAAGAGUGGAGACAAUCAGGGAGUCAAAUUCCUUCGUCGUUUUAAGCAGUUGCUCAAUCCUGCCCAGGUGUUUGAUCUAAUGAAUGGAGGGCCUCACUUAGGUUUAAGAUUGUUUCAGAAGUUUGACAACUUCCGGAUUCUUGUCUGUGGAGGAGAUGGAAGUGUAGGGUGGGUUUUGUCAGAGAUCGACCGGCUGAACUUGAACAAGCAGUGUCAGCUUGGGGUCUUGCCCUUGGGUACAGGCAAUGACCUUGCUCGAGUUCUUGGCUGGGGCAGUUCAUAUGAUGAUGAGACCCAACUUCCUCAGAUUUUAGAGAAGCUGGAACGAGCCAGUACCAAAAUGUUGGACAGGUGGAGUAUAAUGACGUACGAACUCAAAUUGCCACCCAAGGCUUCUCUGCUUCCAGGACCUGCAGAAGCGUCUGAAGAGUUUUAUAUGACAAUUUAUGAAGAUUCAGUGGCAAGUCACCUUACAAAAAUCCUCAAUUCUGAUGAAGAUGCAGUAGUUAUAUCAUCUGCCAAGAUACUCUGUGAGACUGUCAAGGACUUCGUUGCCAAAGUGGAGAAGACAUACAACAGAACAUUGGAAAAUGAAGUUGUAGCUGAAUCUGUGGCCAGUAAAUGUUCAGUCUUAAAUGAGAAGCUUGAACAACUGCUGCGAGUUUUACACACUGAUUCACGGACCGCUCGCCUCCCCCCGGGGGUUGGACCUGCCAUCCCAGAAGAAGAUGCUGUGGAAUCUUCCAGUGAAGAGUCCUUGGAAAGCAAGGAUGAGCUCAUGGAUGAUACUGUAAAACCACCUUCUCAGAAAGCUGUGAAGCCAAGGGAAAUAAUGUUGCGGGCAAACAGUUUAAAGAAAGCAGUGAGGCAAGUCAUUGAAGAAGCUGGAAAAGUUGUAGAUGAGCAGCCAGUUCAGGCCUGUGAGCCUGUGGGUCUGUCAUGUGACUGUGACAAUGCAGAAACAAAUGAAUCUGAAGAAGAGUGCAGGGAUGAUGAUACGAAGGAGUCCGUAACUGCCAAAACUGCACCUCAGUCUCCUGAUGCCCGGGCUGGUCGUGGUCAUUCCCAAGCUGAUACUGGCCUUAGUCCAUCUGUGGCAGCCACCAAAGAAAAUCUCCCUGUGCUCAAUACCAGAAUUAUCUGCCCAGGUUUAAGAGCAGGACUUGCUGCCUCAAUUGCUGGGAGUUCUAUUAUCAACAAAAUGUUAAUAGCAAAUACCGAUCCUUUUGGUGCAACUCCGUUUAUUGACCCAGAUGUAGAUUCAUUAGAUGGAUAUUCAGAAAAAUGUGUCAUGAACAAUUACUUUGGGAUUGGAUUAGAUGCAAAAAUUUCUUUAGAAUUUAAUAAUAAGAGAGAAGAACACCCUCAAAAAUGCAGAAGCCGUACUAAAAACUUGAUGUGGUAUGGAGUCCUUGGGACCCGGGAAUUAUUACAGAGAUCAUAUAAGAAUUUAGAACAAAGGGUUCAACUUGAGUGUGAUGGGCAGUAUAUUCCUCUCCCUAGUUUGCAAGGCAUAGCGGUGUUGAACAUCCCGAGCUAUGCCGGAGGCACCAACUUCUGGGGUGGAACCAAAGAGGAUGAUAUAUUUACUGCACCAUCGUUUGAUGACAAGAUUCUGGAGGUUGUUGCAGUAUUUGAUAGCAUGCAGAUGGCAGUGUCAAGAGUCAUUAAGCUGCAGCAUCACCGAAUAGCCCAGUGCCGUACAGUUAAGAUCACCAUAUUUGGCGAUGAGGGAGUCCCGGUGCAGGUGGAUGGUGAAGCAUGGGUUCAGCCUCCAGGGAUUAUCAAAAUUGUGCACAAAAACAGAGCUCAGAUGCUGACCAGGGACAGAGCUUUUGAAAGUACUCUAAAGUCUUGGGAAGAUAAACAGAAGUGUGACUCCAGUAAAUCAGUUCUUCGAACUAAUCUGUACAUCCAGCAUGACCUGGCAAUGGAAGAGGUGUCACAGAUGCAGUUGUGCUCCCAGGCUGCUGAGGAGCUCAUCACUAGGAUUUGUGAUGCAGCCACCAUUCACUGUCUUCUGGAACAGGAACUAGCCCAUGCGGUGAACGCAUGUUCACACGCGCUGAACAAAGCCAACCCUCGGUGCCCGGAGAAUCUUACAAGAGAUACUGCAACAGAAAUAGCCAUCAAUGUGAAGGCCCUGUAUAAUGAGACCGAGUCUUUGCUGGUUGGGAGGGUUCCUUUGCAGUUGGAAUCCCCACACGAAGAGCGGGUAUCCAGUGCCUUACACUCCGUUGAGGUAGAGCUGCAGAAAUUAACGGAGAUCCCUUGGCUUUAUUAUAUCCUACACCCCAAUGAGGAUGAGGAGCCUCCUAUGGAUUGCACCAAAAGAAACAGCAAAAGCACAGUGUUCCGAAUCGUGCCGAAGUUUAAAAAGGAAAAGGCUUCGAAGCAGAAGACUAGUGCACUGCCUGUUCAGAAAUGGGGCACAGAGGAAGUUGCUGCUUGGCUGGAUCUGCUCAAUUUGGGAGAGUACAAAGAAAUCUUCAUCCGUCAUGACAUCAGAGGGGCUGAACUUUUGCAUCUGGAAAGGCGAGAUCUUAAGGACCUGGGGAUACCGAAAGUGGGUCAUGUGAAGCGAAUUCUCCAGGGAAUUAAAGAGCUUGAAAGGAACCUUCCCACUAGGUCUGAGGUGUAAUCAUACUGGUGCUAUUCCUUGGAAGAAAAGUAAUUGCUUCUCAAUACAGAGUUCUUGGAAGCCAUUGGCUGCUGUCGUUUUCUGUGUCGAUAAGUAAGCACCGCUGAAGCACCUCUAGGGCUUGAUGUUUUGCUGUGGGUGAAAAUUUUGAUUUGAGGUAUUAGAAAAUAUUCUUGUGCCAAAAAUUACAUUCCAUGAAGCCAUUUUAUUACUUUGCAAACGUGACAUGUUUAAAAAUGUUCGCAAUUAUAAACGGGUAGGAGGAAUGUGAGACAGAUGAAGUUGCUGAUUGCCCACUUUGCUUAGAUGUGGUCUGUAAAGGGUUCUGACUGCACAAGUGCAUUCACACUAUAUGGCACAAGAUUCUUAGGUUCCUUAAUGGAGGCAUUGGCUCCUUUCUAAACAUCACUGGCUAGGGAUAAAGAUAGACAUUAAGUUGUGUUUUGAACGACAUCAUCUCCAGUUCCCAGCAUUCAGUGGUCUAAGAAUAUGGUAAAACCAAUCCAUCAAAUACUAUGAACAAUGCAGAGUGCACAGUGUUCCUGCCUGAAUUAAUUCACUGGUUCUUGCAUGUCAUAUCUAUUAUUGUAACAGUUUAAUGUCUGUCAUGUCAGUUAUAAUGGAAUUUAAUUUAUUACUACCCAACUAUUUUUUUGUUGUUGGCUAAGAGCAUUGCAAUAUUCUGUUCUUUAAUUUGGAAUUUUACAUAAAUAUCUGACACCGAAGACUCUGUGAACAUGGGUAUUGCCAUAAUCAACAAAUGAUGCAUAUCUUAUAUAAGCCAAUUUCAUUUCAGCCCAUCACAAACCAUCAGUGUGCACAUUUAAGACAAUUCUUGUAUGUUUUUGUAAGCUCACAUGUUAUGCUCAGUUGCCUAAAAAAACUGAUUGUAACUUUGCAAACCCAAACUCCCUUAAUUUAGUCCUAUAUUUUUGUUUCAUUUUAAUAACUGCCUGAUACUCUGACUCUGACAGACUAUUGACAUCUACAUCUUGGAAUUCUCUAAGAUCUCAACUGAAUUUGUAUACUGCUGGGUCACUCAUGAGCUACAAUGAUUUCUGACAUGAAGUUUAAAUAGUUUUUUAAAAAGCUUUGUUAUUAUCUUACAGAAAUUCUUAUAUUGUAUCAGGUUGAUAUUAUUUUCCUUUUUCUAAACCAUUAUCCAUCAGUGCCAUUCAUUAUAAUUAUCAAAUCUUUGAAAGCCAAAAGACAAACAUUUCAAAAAGUCACAAAAUGUCUUUAAGUAAGCUUUCUUGGGCUUAGUAAAUGGUAACAUUUUACAUAGUCUGUGUAAGAGAAGUAAAUGGGUCACAGACCUAGUGGUGACAAUAUUUAUAAAGUAACCUGGUAGGUUCUCAGUAGAUACAUAUGUGCCCCUAUAUAUUUACAUACAUAUUCACACUUAUCUACAUAUCAUAUAGAUAUAUUGUAGCCCUAAUAUUUUCUAGACAAUCAUUGUGCAAUAUUUUUAAAUAAACUACUGUAAGACAUAUAAUUUAGUUAUCGCAAAAGAAUUUAACUAUUUCACAGUUUACUUUUAUUUAUAAUUUGGGUAUGGUAUUUACUAGUAAAAAUCACAAAAUUUGGAUAUUGUAAGGGUAAAUGAGAGUUGGGACUAUAGCUCAGUAGCAGAAUGCCUGCCUAGCAUGGCUUUGCAUUUGACUCACAUCAUGGCAAAAAUAAAUGUGCCCAAUGGGUUCUUCACCAAG